CUUCUGGAACAAAGCAGACAACAUGGCCUGCUUUACAACAGCAGUGGUGUUUUUCCUUUUAGCACAGAGUGCGACGACUUAUGCGAGGGGCAUCCAUGUCUCGAUCUACGCGCCCCUUUCUGACCCCAACACGGCAAUGACGUUUGCAAAAAGUUUUGUGAGCAACAUCGCGAGCUGCGGAGAAUUCGGAAGCCAAGGCACCGAGGACUUUGACGACAUCAUUCAGAGUCUGAUACAAGCCCAGACCAUGGGAAAAGGCCGGCAUGACACCAAAGCCAAGACUAAAGCCAUGCAGAUGGCUCUGGCCUCCUCGAUCGCCGAGCUGAUAGUGGAGGAGAGCGGCGGGGUGAACAUGCAGCAAAAGACUAACGCGGCGGUAAACGCUUUGAGGAGCGCCUUGAUGUCCACAACUGGGCAAGUGGACGAGGGUUUCGUCAGCGAAAUUAUAGAACUCGUCAACCUCUUCUCUCAAGAGCAGUUCAACGAGGUAGACACCGGUUCAUCAAGACAGUACUAUCAGUCCUCAACAGGUGGUGGUCAAGGAGGAACUCCGACUGUUACCGAAACGGUUACGGUCAUCGUUGGUGGAGGUGGCGGUGGUGCUGCUCAACCCUCAGGAACUGGGCCAUACCAAACAGGGGGAGCCGGAACAUACGGACCAGGAGGUGCAGGUGGAAUCGGACCAGGAGGUGCAGGUGGAAUCGGACCAGGAGCUGGAGCUGCAGGAAGACCUUACGGACCCGGUGGUGCUGGAGGACCUGGCGGUCCAGGAGGGCCAGGUGGCCCAGGAGCUGGUGGACCUGGAGGACCGGGAGGAGUAGGACCAGGUGGUGCCGGACCAUAUGGACCAGGAGGAGCUGGACCAGGUGGAGCAGGACCAUAUGGACCUGGUGGUGCAGGAGGCGAGGGUCCCGUAACAGUGGAUGUCGACGUAACUGUUGGCGGCGCACCAGGAGGAGGCCCUGGCGGCGUUCGACCAGGUGGAGCCGGAUUUGGUCCUGGAGGUGGAGCUGGAUUUGGUCCGGGAGGAGCACCUGGAGCGCCAGGAGGUCAAGGUGGUCCAGGAGGUCCAGGCGGACCAGGAGGAUCCGGACCAGGAGGCGCCGGAGGUUAUGGACCAGGUGGGGCCGGAGGUUUUGGACCAGGUGGAGCCGGAGGUUUUGGACCAGGUGGAGCCGGAGGUUAUGGACCUGGAGGAGUCGGACCAGGUGGUGCAGGACCGGGCGGUGCAGGAGGCGAGGGUCCCGUAACAGUGGAAGUGGACGUAACAGUAGGUCCUGAAGGAGCAGGCGGAGGUCCCGGCGGCGUUGGACCCGGAGGAUUUGGACCUGGUGCAGGAGGAGCACCUGGAGCGCCAGGAGGUCCCGGUGGUCCAGGAGGUCCCGGUGGACCAGGAGGUCCAGGCGGACCAGGAGGAUCCGGACCAGGAGGCGCCGGAGGUUAUGGACCAGGUGGAUUUGGACCAGGUGGAGCCGGAGGUUAUGGACCAGGAGGAGUCGGACCAGGUGGAGCCGGAGGUUUUGGACCAGGUGGAGCCGGACGUUAUGGACCAGGAGGAGUCAGACCAGGUGGAGCCGGAGGUUAUGGACCUGGAGGAGUCGGACCAGGUGGUGCAGGACCAGGCGGUGCAGGAGGUGAGGGUCCCGUAACAGUGGAUGUCGACGUAACUGUUGGAGGUGCACCAGGAGGAGGCCCUGGAGGCGUUGGACCAGGUGGGGCUGGAUUUGGCCCUGGAGGUGGAGCUGGAUUUGGUCCGGGAGGAGCACCUGGAGCGCCAGGAGGUCCCGGUGGUCCAGGAGGUCCCGGUGGACCAGGAGGUCCAGGCGGACCAGGAGGAUCCGGACCAGGAGGCGCCGGAGGUUAUGGACCAGGUGGAGCCGGAGGUUAUGGACCUGGAGGAGUCGGACCAGGUGGUGCAGGACCGGGCGGUGCAGGAGGCGAGGGUCCCGUAACAGUGGAAGUGGACGUAACAGUAGGUCCUGAAGGAGCAGGCGGAGGUCCCGGCGGCGUUGGACCCGGAGGAUUUGGACCUGGUGCAGGAGGAGCACCUGGAGCGCCAGGAGGUCCCGGUGGUCCAGGAGGUCCCGGUGGACCAGGAGGUCCAGGCGGACCAGGAGGAUCCGGACCAGGAGGCGCCGGAGGUUAUGGACCAGGUGGAGCCGGAGGUGGAGCCGGAGGUUAUGGACCUGGAGGAGUCGGACCAGGUGGUGCAGGACCAGGCGGUGCAGGAGGUGAGGGUCCCGUAACAGUGGAUGUCGACGUAACUGUUGGAGGUGCACCAGGAGGAGGCCCUGGAGGCGUUGGACCAGGUGGGGCUGGAUUUGGCCCUGGAGGUGGAGCUGGAUUUGGUCCGGGAGGAGCACCUGGAGCGCCAGGAGGUCCCGGUGGUCCAGGAGGUCCCGGUGGACCAGGAGGUCCUGGCGGACCAGGAGGAUCCGGACCAGGAGGCGCCGGAGGUUAUGGACCAGGUGGAGCCGGAGGUUAUGGACCUGGAGGAGUCGGACCAGGUGGUGCAGGACCGGGCGGUGCAGGAGGCGAGGGUCCCGUAACAGUGGAAGUGGACGUAACAGUAGGUCCUGAAGGAGCAGGCGGAGGUCCCGGCGGCGUUGGACCCGGAGGAUUUGGACCUGGUGCAGGAGGAGCACCUGGAGCGCCAGGAGGUCCCGGUGGUCCAGGAGGUCCCGGUGGACCAGGAGGUCCAGGCGGACCAGGAGGAUCCGGACCAGGAGGCGCCGGAGGUUAUGGACCAGGUGGAGCCGGAGGUGGAGCCGGAGGUUAUGGACCUGGAGGAGUCGGACCAGGUGGUGCAGGACCAGGCGGUGCAGGAGGUGAGGGUCCCGUAACAGUGGAUGUCGACGUAACUGUUGGAGGUGCACCAGGAGGAGGCCCUGGAGGCGUUGGACCAGGUGGGGCUGGAUUUGGUCCUGGAGGUGGAGCUGGAUUUGGUCCGGGAGGAGCACCUGGAGCGCCAGGAGGUCCCGGUGGUCCAGGAGGUCCCGGUGGACCAGGAGGUCCAGGCGGACCAGGAGGUGGAGCCGGAGGUUAUGGACCUGGAGGAGUCGGACCAGGUGGUGCAGGACCGGGCGGUGCAGGAGGCGAGGGUCCCGUAACAGUGGAAGUGGACGUAACAGUAGGUCCUGAAGGAGCAGGCGGAGGUCCCGGCGGCGUUGGACCCGGAGGAUUUGGACCUGGUGCAGGAGGAGCACCUGGAGCGCCAGAAGGUCCCGGUGGUCCAGGAGGUCCCGGUGGACCAGGAGGUCCAGGUGGACCAGGAGGAUCCGGACCAGGAGGCGCCGGAGGUUAUGGACCAGGUGGUGCCGGAGGUUUUGGACCAGGUGGAGCCGGAGGUGGAGCCGGAGGUUAUGGACCUGGAGGAGUCGGACCAGGUGGUGCAGGACCAGGCGGUGCAGGAGGUGAGGGUCCCGUAACAGUGGAUGUCGACGUAACUGUUGGAGGUGCACCAGGAGGAGGCCCUGGAGGCGUUGGACCAGGUGGGGCUGGAUUUGGCCCUGGAGGUGGAGCUGGAUUUGGUCCGGGAGGAGCACCUGGAGCGCCAGGAGGUCCCGGUGGUCCAGGAGGUCCCGGUGGACCAGGAGGUCCAGGCGGACCAGGAGGAUCCGGACCAGGAGGCGCCGGAGGUUAUGGACCAGGUGGAGCCGGAGGUUAUGGACCUGGAGGAGUCGGACCAGGUGGUGCAGGACCGGGCGGUGCAGGAGGCGAGGGUCCCGUAACAGUGGAAGUGGACGUAACAGUAGGUCCUGAAGGAGCAGGCGGAGGUCCCGGCGGCGUUGGACCCGGAGGAUUUGGACCUGGUGCAGGAGGAGCACCUGGAGCGCCAGGAGGUCCCGGUGGUCCAGGAGGUCCCGGUGGACCAGGAGGUCCAGGCGGACCAGGAGGAUCCGGACCAGGAGGCGCCGGAGGUUAUGGACCAGGUGGAGCCGGAGGUGGAGCCGGAGGUUAUGGACCUGGAGGAGUCGGACCAGGUGGUGCAGGACCAGGCGGUGCAGGAGGUGAGGGUCCCGUAACAGUGGAUGUCGACGUAACUGUUGGAGGUGCACCAGGAGGAGGCCCUGGAGGCGUUGGACCAGGUGGGGCUGGAUUUGGUCCUGGAGGUGGAGCUGGAUUUGGUCCGGGAGGAGCACCUGGAGCGCCAGGAGGUCCCGGUGGUCCAGGAGGUCCCGGUGGACCAGGAGGUCCAGGCGGACCAGGAGGUGGAGCCGGAGGUUAUGGACCUGGAGGAGUCGGACCAGGUGGUGCAGGACCGGGCGGUGCAGGAGGCGAGGGUCCCGUAACAGUGGAAGUGGACGUAACAGUAGGUCCUGAAGGAGCAGGCGGAGGUCCCGGCGGCGUUGGACCCGGAGGAUUUGGACCUGGUGCAGGAGGAGCACCUGGAGCGCCAGAAGGUCCCGGUGGUCCAGGAGGUCCCGGUGGACCAGGAGGUCCAGGUGGACCAGGAGGAUCCGGACCAGGAGGCGCCGGAGGUUAUGGACCAGGUGGUGCCGGAGGUUUUGGACCAGGUGGAGCCGGAGGUGGAGCCGGAGGUUAUGGACCUGGAGGAGUCGGACCAGGUGGUGCAGGACCAGGCGGUGCAGGAGGUGAGGGUCCCGUAACAGUGGAUGUCGACGUAACUGUUGGAGGUGCACCAGGAGGAGGCCCUGGAGGCGUUGGACCAGGUGGGGCUGGAUUUGGCCCUGGAGGUGGAGCUGGAUUUGGCCCUGGAGGUGGAGCUGGAUUUGGUCCGGGAGGAGCACCUGGAGCGCCAGGAGGUCCCGGUGGACCAGGAGGUCCAGGCGGACCAGGAGGAUCCGGACCAGGAGGCGCCGGAGGUUAUGGACCAGGUGGAGCCGGAGGUUAUGGACCUGGAGGAGUCGGACCAGGUGGUGCAGGACCGGGCGGUGCAGGAGGCGAGGGUCCCGUAACAGUGGAAGUGGACGUAACAGUAGGUCCUGAAGGAGCAGGCGGAGGUCCCGGCGGCGUUGGACCCGGAGGAUUUGGACCUGGUGCAGGAGGAGCACCUGGAGCGCCAGGAGGUCCCGGUGGUCCAGGAGGUCCCGGUGGACCAGGAGGUCCAGGCGGACCAGGAGGAUCCGGACCAGGAGGCGCCGGAGGUUAUGGACCAGGUGGAGCCGGAGGUGGAGCCGGAGGUUAUGGACCUGGAGGAGUCGGACCAGGUGGUGCAGGACCAGGCGGUGCAGGAGGUGAGGGUCCCGUAACAGUGGAUGUCGACGUAACUGUUGGAGGUGCACCAGGAGGAGGCCCUGGAGGCGUUGGACCAGGUGGGGCUGGAUUUGGCCCUGGAGGUGGAGCUGGAUUUGGUCCGGGAGGAGCACCUGGAGCGCCAGGAGGUCCCGGUGGUCCAGGAGGUCCCGGUGGACCAGGAGGUCCUGGCGGACCAGGAGGAUCCGGACCAGGAGGCGCCGGAGGUUAUGGACCAGGUGGAGCCGGAGGUUAUGGACCUGGAGGAGUCGGACCAGGUGGUGCAGGACCGGGCGGUGCAGGAGGCGAGGGUCCCGUAACAGUGGAAGUGGACGUAACAGUAGGUCCUGAAGGAGCAGGCGGAGGUCCCGGCGGCGUUGGACCCGGAGGAUUUGGACCUGGUGCAGGAGGAGCACCUGGAGCGCCAGGAGGUCCCGGUGGUCCAGGAGGUCCCGGUGGACCAGGAGGUCCAGGCGGACCAGGAGGAUCCGGACCAGGAGGCGCCGGAGGUUAUGGACCAGGUGGAGCCGGAGGUGGAGCCGGAGGUUAUGGACCUGGAGGAGUCGGACCAGGUGGUGCAGGACCAGGCGGUGCAGGAGGUGAGGGUCCCGUAACAGUGGAUGUCGACGUAACUGUUGGAGGUGCACCAGGAGGAGGCCCUGGAGGCGUUGGACCAGGUGGGGCUGGAUUUGGUCCUGGAGGUGGAGCUGGAUUUGGUCCGGGAGGAGCACCUGGAGCGCCAGGAGGUCCCGGUGGUCCAGGAGGUCCCGGUGGACCAGGAGGUCCAGGCGGACCAGGAGGAUCCGGACCAGGAGGCGCCAGAGGUUAUGGACCAGGUGGAGCCGGAGGUUUUGGACCAGGUGGAGCCGGAGGUUAUGGACCUGGAGGAGUCGGACCAGGUGGUGCAGGACCGGGCGGUGCAGGAGGCGAGGGUCCCGUAACAGUGGAAGUGGACGUAACAGUAGGUCCUGAAGGAGCAGGCGGAGGUCCCGGCGGCGUUGGACCCGGAGGAUUUGGACCUGGUGCAGGAGGAGCACCUGGAGCGCCAGAAGGUCCCGGUGGUCCAGGAGGUCCCGGUGGACCAGGAGGUCCAGGUGGACCAGGAGGAUCCGGACUAGGAGGCGCCGGAGGUUAUGGACCAGGUGGUGCCGGAGGUUUUGGACCAGGUGGAGCCGGAGGUUUUGGACCAGGUGGAGCCGGAGGUUAUGGACCAGGAGGAGUCGGACCAGGUGGAGCCGGAGGUUUUGGACCAGGUGGAGCCGGAGGUUAUGGACCAGGAGGAGUCGGACCAGGUGGAGCCGGAGGUUUUGGACCAGGUGGAGCCGGACGUUAUGGACCAGGAGGAGUCAGACCAGGUGGAGCCGGAGGUUAUGGACCUGGAGGAGUCGGACCAGGUGGUGCAGGACCAGGCGGUGCAGGAGGUGAGGGUCCCGUAACAGUGGAUGUCGACGUAACUGUUGGAGGUGCACCAGGAGGAGGCCCUGGAGGCGUUGGACCAGGUGGGGCUGGAUUUGGCCCUGGAGGUGGAGCUGGAUUUGGCCCUGGAGGUGGAGCUGGAUUUGGUCCGGGAGGAGCACCUGGAGCGCCAGGAGGUCCCGGUGGUCCAGGAGGUCCCGGUGGACCAGGAGGUCCAGGCGGACCAGGAGGUGGAGCCGGAGGUUAUGGACCUGGAGGAGUCGGACCAGGUGGUGCAGGACCGGGCGGUGCAGGAGGCGAGGGUCCCGUAACAGUGGAAGUGGACGUAACAGUAGGUCCUGAAGGAGCAGGCGGAGGUCCCGGCGGCGUUGGACCCGGAGGAUUUGGACCUGGUGCAGGAGGAGCACCUGGAGCGCCAGAAGGUCCCGGUGGUCCAGGAGGUCCCGGUGGACCAGGAGGUCCAGGUGGACCAGGAGGAUCCGGACCAGGAGGCGCCGGAGGUUAUGGACCAGGUGGUGCCGGAGGUUUUGGACCAGGUGGAGCCGGAGGUGGAGCCGGAGGUUAUGGACCUGGAGGAGUCGGACCAGGUGGUGCAGGACCAGGCGGUGCAGGAGGUGAGGGUCCCGUAACAGUGGAUGUCGACGUAACUGUUGGAGGUGCACCAGGAGGAGGCCCUGGAGGCGUUGGACCAGGUGGGGCUGGAUUUGGCCCUGGAGGUGGAGCUGGAUUUGGCCCUGGAGGUGGAGCUGGAUUUGGUCCGGGAGGAGCACCUGGAGCGCCAGGAGGUCCCGGUGGUCCAGGAGGUCCCGGUGGACCAGGAGGUCCAGGCGGACCAGGAGGAUCCGGACCAGGAGGCGCCGGAGGUUAUGGACCAGGUGGAGCCGGAGGUUAUGGACCUGGAGGAGUCGGACCAGGUGGUGCAGGACCGGGCGGUGCAGGAGGCGAGGGUCCCGUAACAGUGGAAGUGGACGUAACAGUAGGUCCUGAAGGAGCAGGCGGAGGUCCCGGCGGCGUUGGACCCGGAGGAUUUGGACCUGGUGCAGGAGGAGCACCUGGAGCGCCAGGAGGUCCAGGCGGACCAGGAGGAUCCGGACCAGGAGGCGCCGGAGGUUAUGGACCAGGUGGAGCCGGAGGUGGAGCCGGAGGUUAUGGACCUGGAGGAGUCGGACCAGGUGGUGCAGGACCAGGCGGUGCAGGAGGUGAGGGUCCCGUAACAGUGGAUGUCGACGUAACUGUUGGAGGUGCACCAGGAGGAGGCCCUGGAGGCGUUGGACCAGGUGGGGCUGGAUUUGGCCCUGGAGGUGGAGCUGGAUUUGGCCCUGGAGGUGGAGCUGGAUUUGGUCCGGGAGGAGCACCUGGAGUGCCAGGAGGUCCCGGUGGUCCAGGAGGUCCCGGUGGACCAGGAGGUCCAGGCGGACCAGGAGGAUCCGGACCAGGAGGCGCCGGAGGUUAUGGACCAGGUGGAGCCGGAGGUUUUGGACCAGGUGGAGCCGGAGGUUUUGGCCCAGGUGGAGCCGGAGGUUAUGGACCAGGAGGAGUCGGACCAGGUGGAGCCGGAGGUUUUGGACCAGGUGGAGCCGGAGGUUUUGGACCAGGAGGAGUCGGACCAGGAGGUGAGGGUCCCGUAACAGUGGAUGUCGACGUAACUGUUGGAGGUGCACCAGGAGGAGGCCCUGGAGGCGUUGGACCAGGUGGGGCUGGAUUUGGCCCUGGAGGAGCACCUGGAGCGCCAGGAGGUCCCGGUGGUCCAGGAGGUCCCGCCGGAGGUUAUGGACCAGGAGGAGUCGGACCAGGUGGAGCCGGAGGUUUUGGACCAGGUGGAGCCGGAGGUUAUGGACCAGGAGGAGUCGGACCAGGAGGAGUCGGGCCAGGUGGAGCUGGAUUUGGUCCGGGAGGAGCACCUGGAGCGCCAGGAGGUCCCGGUGGUCCAGGAGGUCCCGGUGGACCAGGAGGUCCAGGCGGACCAGGAGGAGGCGCCGGAGGUUAUGGACCAGGUGGAGCCGGAGGUUUUGGACCAGGUGGAGCCGGAGGUUAUGGACCAGGAGGAGUCGGACCAGGUGGAGCCGGAGGUUAUGGUCCAGGAGGAGUCGGACCAGGUGGAGCCGGAGGUUUUGGACCAGGAGGCCCUGGAGGCGUUGGACCAGGAGGUGAGGGUCCCGUAACAGUGGAUGUCGACGUAACUGUUGGAGGUGCACCAGGAGGAGGCCCUGGAGGCGUUGGACCAGGUGGGGCUGGAUUUGGCCCUGGAGGAGCACCUGGAGCGCCAGGAGGUCCCGGUGGUCCAGGAGGUCCCGGUGGACCAGGAGGAGGAGUCGGACCAGGUGGAGCCGGAGGUUAUGGACCAGGAGGAGUCGGACCAGGUGGAGCCGGAGGUUAUGGUCCAGGAGGAGUCGGACCAGGUGGAGCCGGACGUUAUGGACCAGGAGGAGUCAGACCAGGUGGAGCCGGAGGUUAUGGACCUGGAGGAGUCGGACCAGGUGGUGCAGGACCAGGCGGUGCAGGAGGUGAGGGUCCCGUAACAGUGGAUGUCGACGUAACUGUUGGAGGUGCACCAGGAGGAGGCCCUGGAGGCGUUGGACCAGGUGGGGCUGGAUUUGGCCCUGGAGGUGGAGCUGGAUUUGGUCCGGGAGGAGCACCUGGAGCGCCAGGAGGUCCCGGUGGUCCAGGAGGUCCCGGUGGACCAGGAGGUCCAGGCGGACCAGGAGGAUCCGGACCAGGAGGCGCCGGAGGUUAUGGACCAGGUGGAGCCGGAGGUUAUGGACCUGGAGGAGUCGGACCAGGUGGUGCAGGACCGGGCGGUGCAGGAGGCGAGGGUCCCGUAACAGUGGAAGUGGACGUAACAGUAGGUCCUGAAGGAGCAGGCGGAGGUCCCGGCGGCGUUGGACCCGGAGGAUUUGGACCUGGUGCAGGAGGAGCACCUGGAGCGCCAGGAGGUCCCGGUGGUCCAGGAGGUCCCGGUGGACCAGGAGGUCCAGGCGGACCAGGAGGAUCCGGACCAGGAGGCGCCGGAGGUUAUGGACCAGGUGGAGCCGGAGGUGGAGCCGGAGGUUAUGGUCCAGGAGGAGUCGGACCAGGUGGAGCCGGAGGUGGAGCCGGAGGUUAUGGACCUGGAGGAGUCGGACCAGGUGGUGCAGGACCAGGCGGUGCAGGAGGUGAGGGUCCCGUAACAGUGGAUGUCGACGUAACUGUUGGAGGUGCACCAGGAGGAGGCCCUGGAGGCGUUGGACCAGGUGGGGCUGGAUUUGGCCCUGGAGGUGGAGCUGGAUUUGGUCCGGGAGGAGCACCUGGAGCGCCAGGAGGUCCCGGUGGUCCAGGAGGUCCCGGUGGACCAGGAGGUCCAGGCGGACCAGGAGGAUCCGGACCAGGAGGCGCCGGAGGUUAUGGACCAGGUGGAGCCGGAGGUUAUGGACCUGGAGGAGUCGGACCAGGUGGUGCAGGACCGGGUGGUGCAGGAGGCGAGGGUCCCGUAACAGUGGAAGUGGACGUAACAGUAGGUCCUGAAGGAGCAGGCGGAGGUCCCGGCGGCGUUGGACCCGGAGGAUUUGGACCUGGUGCAGGAGGAGCACCUGGAGCGCCAGGAGGUCCCGGUGGUCCAGGAGGUCCCGGUGGACCAGGAGGUCCAGGCGGACCAGGAGGAUCCGGACCAGGAGGCGCCGGAGGUUAUGGACCAGGUGGAGCCGGAGGUGGAGCCGGAGGUUAUGGUCCAGGAGGAGUCGGACCAGGUGGAGCCGGAGGUGGAGCCGGAGGUUAUGGACCUGGAGGAGUCGGACCAGGUGGUGCAGGACCAGGCGGUGCAGGAGGUGAGGGUCCCGUAACAGUGGAUGUCGACGUAACUGUUGGAGGUGCACCAGGAGGAGGCCCUGGAGGCGUUGGACCAGGUGGGGCUGGAUUUGGCCCUGGAGGUGGAGCUGGAUUUGGUACGGGAGGAGCACCUGGAGCGCCAGGAGGUCCCGGUGGUCCAGGAGGUCCCGGUGGACCAGGAGGUCCAGGCGGACCAGGAGGAUCCGGACCAGGAGGCGCCGGAGGUUAUGGACCAGGUGGAGCCGGAGGUGGAGCCGGAGGUUAUGGUCCAGGAGGAGUCGGACCAGGUGGAGCCGGAGGUGGAGCCGGAGGUUAUGGACCUGGAGGAGUCGGACCAGGUGGUGCAGGACCAGGCGGUGCAGGAGGUGAGGGUCCCGUAACAGUGGAUGUCGACGUAACUGUUGGAGGUGCACCAGGAGGAGGCCCUGGAGGCGUUGGACCAGGUGGGGCUGCAUUUGUCCCUGGAGGUGGAGCUGGAUUUGGUCCGGGAGGAGCACCUGGAGCGCCAGGAGGUCCCGGUGGACCAGGAGGUCCAGGCGGACCAGGAGGAUCCGGACCAGGAGGCGCCGGAGGUUAUGGACCAGGUGGGGCCGGAGGUUAUGGACCUGGAGGAGUCGGACCAGGUGGUGCAGGACCGGGCGGUGCAGGAGGCGAGGGUCCCGUAACAGUGGAAGUGGACGUAACAGUAGGUCCUGAAGGAGCAGGCGGAGGUCCCGGCGGCGUUGGACCCGGAGGAUUUGGACCUGGUGCAGGAGGAGCACCUGGAGCGCCAGGAGGUCCCGGUGGUCCAGGAGGUCCCGGUGGACCAGGAGGUCCAGGCGGACCAGGAGGAUCCGGACCAGGAGGCGCCGGAGGUUAUGGACCAGGUGGAGCCGGAGGUGGAGCCGGAGGUUAUGGUCCAGGAGGAGUCGGACCAGGUGGAGCCGGAGGUGGAGCCGGAGGUUAUGGACCUGGAGGAGUCGGACCAGGUGGUGCAGGACCAGGCGGUGCAGGAGGUGAGGGUCCCGUAACAGUGGAUGUCGACGUAACUGUUGGAGGUGCACCAGGAGGAGGCCCUGGAGGCGUUGGACCAGGUGGGGCUGGAUUUGGCCCUGGAGGUGGAGCUGGAUUUGGUCCGGGAGGAGCACCUGGAGCGCCAGGAGGUCCCGGUGGUCCCGGUGGACCAGGAGGUCCAGGCGGACCAGGAGGAUCCGGACCAGGAGGCGCCGGAGGUUAUGGACCAGGUGGGGCCGGAGGUUUUGGACCAGGUGGAGCCGGAGGUUUUGGACCAGGUGGAGCCGGAGGUUAUGGACCUGGAGGAGUCGGACCAGGUGGUGCAGGACCGGGCGGUGCAGGAGGCGAGGGUCCCGUAACAGUGGAAGUGGACGUAACAGUAGGUCCUGAAGGAGCAGGCGGAGGUCCCGGCGGCGUUGGACCCGGAGGAUUUGGACCUGGUGCAGGAGGAGCACCUGGAGCGCCAGGAGGUCCCGGUGGUCCAGGAGGUCCCGGUGGACCAGGUGGUCCAGGCGGACCAGGAGGAUCCGGACCAGGAGGCGCCGGAGGUUAUGGACCAGGUGGAGCCGGAGGUUUUGGACCAGGUGGAGCCGGAGGUUAUGGACCAGGAGGAGUCGGACCAGGUGGAGCCCGAGGUUAUGGACCUGGAGGAAUUGGACCAGGUGGUGCAGGACCAGGUGGCGCAGGAGGUGAGGGUCCCGUAACAGUGGAUGUCGACGUAACUGUUGGCGGGGCACCAGGAGGAGGCCCUGGCGGCACUGGACCUGGUGGAGCUGGAUUUGGUCCUGGAGGUGGAGCUGGAUUUGGUCCAGGAGGUGCGCCAGGAGGUCCCGGUGGUUCAGGAGGACGAGGAAUAGCGUACGGACCUGGAGGUAGUGCAGGUGGAGUCCGUGGUGGCACUGUUUCCACCUCCAGCGGAUCUGGAGUUGCAAACCAAUUAAGAGUCGUUGAAAACAUAAUAGUGAGCGGUGGACCAUCAGGAGGAAUUGGUGGCGCCCCUGGCGGCCAAACAUAUGGCGGACCAUCUAGGAUGUCAUCUUUGGUGAACGGAGUGCUAAGCUCCAUGCAGCCAUCCGGAUUCAACUAUCAGAAUUUCGGAAAUGUUAUGUCUCAGUACUCCACAGGUUCCGGAACCUGCAACAGCAAUGACAUGAAUCUGAUGAUGGACGCACUCAUGGCGGCCUUGCAUUGCCUCUCUUAUGGAGGAUCCGGCUCAGUCCCCUCUACCCCGUCGUAUUCGGCGAUGUCUGCCUACAACCAAUCUAUCCGCAGAAUGUUUGCAUAUUAAAGUUCAUCUGUAAUUCCUUAUUGUAUAAAAUUAGAAAUUAAAGCAAUAAAAUGUAAAGCAUA